AUGGCCUCGUCCUACGCCUUGCCAUCCUCCGCCCUACCGCACGCCCACCAUCACCACAUACACUCCCAUUCCCACUCGCCGCCGUCCCUUCACGCAUUGAAGUCGACAAUGUCUACCGGCGGGCUGCACUCCCACAGCCAGAGCCAAGACUCGACCGGCAGCAGCCACGCACAUAACCACGAUCACUCCUAUGGUCACAAUGGCCACGCCCACAGCGGCCACUCACAUCACCGGGCGAACUCGAGCCAGUCGUCCAUUCCUCGAGAAAGAGCGGCGCCUCGCUCUCUCGCUUCAAUGGACGGCUGGAAGACGGACAUCACACCGAGCGGUCGUCAACUGUUGACGCCUACAAACGGGUCCUUUUCGGAAACGUUCCAACCUCUCGACGGCGCGAUGGCGAUAGACGAGCAUUCCCACGAUCAUCAUGACCACGACCAUUCACACUCGCACGACCACGACCACGACCACGCUCAUGGUGAUUGCCAUAGUCACGACCACCACGGCCAUUCACACGCCCACAGCCACAGUCACUCUCACUCCCACGAUCAUGCCAAGCCUUCCCUGUUUACGAGAGCUCUCUUAAAAUAUACGCCGGCAGUUCCGUUUCUCCACACCAUCGUCGUGGAGAAGGAUUCGAGGAGAAUCUUUUACUUCAUGACGCUCAACUUUGGCUUCAUGGCCGUACAAGCGUUCUACGGCUAUGUCACCGACUCGCUCGGGCUCCUCAGCGACACAAUUCACAUGUUUUUCGACUGUUUUGCCCUCUUCGUCGGUCUUUGCGCCGCGGUCACUAGCAAGUGGCCUCAGAGCCAGCGAUUUCCCUUUGGGCUUGGAAAGAUCGAGACGCUGAGUGGUUUUGCCAAUGGCAUCUUGCUGAUGCUUCUGAGCGUUGAGAUUAUCGUAGAGGCAUUUGAGCGAAUCUGGGAAGGUCAAGAACUUCACCGACUGAGAGAACUUCUCAUCGUCAGCUUCCUCGGCGGCGUGAUCAACCUGUUGGGUCUAUGGGGCUUCGGGCACCAUCAUCACGGCCACGAUCACGGUCACGGCCACUCGCAUUCACACGACGACCACGAUCACGGGCAUGAUCACUCGCACGGAAAGAAGCACAGCCAUGGGCACUCGCAUCAUAACGACAACAUGGAGGGUAUUUUUCUGCACGUUCUGGCCGAUACGAUGGGAAGCGCUUCAGUAGUGCUGUCGACAAUUUUGACGUACUACACGGGCUGGACGUUCUGGGACCCCUUGGCCUCUUGUGCCAUUGCAAUUCUCAUCUUCCUCGCGUCGAUCCCGCUCAUCAAGUCGUCUGCGCGCAACCUACUUCUCAACAUCCCCGACGACAUUGAGUACAACCUGCGUAACACGCUCGCGGGGAUUUUGCAGCAAAAGGGCGUCGUCAACUACUCGGUACCCAAGUUCUGGAUGGACCACCGGAGCAGCGAGGACUCGGGAGACAAGCUGCAGGGCAUCGUGCACGUUGUGGCAGCAAGGGGUGCGAGCCUGGACGAAGUGCGGGAUCGCGUGCGGGAGUAUCUCUUGAAGAACUCCAUGGACAUUGUGAUCCAGGUCGAAAGAGAGGGCGACGGCAGCUGCUGGUGCGGCGUUGGAAGGUCGACGGGCUUGGCCACGACGCCCCUCAAAAGG